AGACUGUCAGGCAAGUCUGAGCCCAUUUUGUAGCUAGGCCAUUUUUUAGCACAACGGUGGAAAUAAAGCAGGCUGGGAAAAUGAAGCAGAUUUUCAUAAUUUUGACAGUUUUUGUGGCAUUUACGACGGCUAAAAAGAAUGCCACAUUUUACGAGGUGGAAGAACCGAUUCAAGAUCGCUAUAUAGUCGUUAUGCAGCCUGGCUAUGACAUGUCCCCAAUCAAGAAUCUUAUCCUUGGGGAUCGUUCUGGUAUCUUCACUGAUGCAGCUAUCAAACACACCUACUUUAAGACCAUUCGAGGAUUCUCAGUUAAACUGCCGAAAAGAGGACUUGAAAAGCUGCUAGCUAGAGAGGAGAUCAAGUACAUUGUCCAGGAUAGUGUUGUCCGAAUGUCCUCAGUGUCUUCAUGGGGCUUGGACCGUGUAGAUCAGAAGGACCUUCCUCUUGACGGAAAAGCAGAUUACACAGGUGAUGGCACAGGUGUUAAUGUUUAUAUUGUUGAUACUGGUAUUUAUCCUGGUAGUUUAUACUUCAAUGGUCGAGCCGAAGUUGCCUUUGAUUCUAUAGAAGACCAUCAGGGUCCAGCUUACGGUAUCGACUGCAAUGGUCAUGGUACUCAUUGUGCAGGGACGAUAGGAGGAGAUUUGUUUGGAGUGGCACCUGGUGUUAAACUCUACGGGGUUCGUGUUCUAGACUGUGAAGGGAAUGGAAACUCGGCUAAUGUCCUUGCAGGUCUUGAAUACGUAGCGAAUUCUGCCAAGUCUCCCGCCGUUGCAUCUAUGUCUCUCGGUGGUAAAUCCAAUCCAGCUAUAGAUGAAGCUGUGGAGGGUAUCAUCAAGGCUGGAGUAACAGUAGUGGCGGCUGCUGGAAACUCCAACAAGGAUGCGUGUUCUUAUUCCCCUGCUAGAGUUAAAGAGGCGAUUACGGUAGGUGCUACAGGUUCAAACGAUAAGAAGGCACAUUUCUCCAACUCCGGUGAAUGUAUCGACAUCUUUGCUCCUGGGGUUGCUAUUCCUAGUGUUGGGAUUGGAGGUGUAGAGGACUCCAUUAUACUUGAUGGUACAUCUAUGGCCUGCCCACAUGUUGCAGGUGCUGCGGCAUUAUCUAUCGGAAACGCCAAUGGAAUGGCACCAUCAGAUGUCAAGACUAAGAUUGAAAACGAAGCCACCGAAGGAAAGAUAACCGGCAUCUCACCCGAUACCCCUAACCGGCUACUCUUCAUACCUUAGGAUUUUGAUUCGCUUUUAAUAAAUUUACUCGUAGGAACAAGUAUGCAUAAAUAAACAACAAGAACUAUAGAUUUGGAUUAAGUGGUGGAAUAAGUUAUCCUAAACUGUAUAUACCUCAUGAACCAACUAACCUCGACAAUUCAGACUAAAACAUAAAAUAAGAAAGAAAAAACUUCGUCUCUGCUAUCUUAUGUAAUUUUCCACAACUCAUUUGAUAGUAAGAUAAUAGAGUUGUACAUCUAUGUAAUAAGAUGGAUACUGGAAAAACAUCGGAUGGUAUUCUGAGUUUGUUUAAUCGAUGUGCUGGAGACACGAAAUUGGGAUAGGUUGCUAUUUGUCUUUGUGAGGGUGCUGAGGCAGCCUAUCAUUACCGCAUAGCAAAAACUGUGGUGUUAACCGGUGUACAUAGAGGACCACACCAGUUAUUUUACACCGGUGUAUGUUAAAUUGGUG